CAAAAUAAUUCCUUCUCUGGUUGCUGCUCGUCACUUCUUUUUGGAAAUGGCAUUUCGCGGUACGGAAAGUCCUAUGGACUUUGAAUGGCAAGGUCACGGUCCUGUUGAUCCUACUUCGCCUUUCCAUAAACACAUCAUGGAUGCCCAAGCGAAGAAACGAAACCACAGCGAAUUUAACUCGCCAAAGAAGUCGGUCUUGCCAUCUCUACGCGAACCAAACAACCAACCCUUUUUCUUCUCAAAUGCGCCUUCAACGCCAUUAUCCUCACCUUUCCGUGCUCCCUCCUUCACAACUCCCCGAAAACCUUUCGAAAUUGACUUCUCGUCUGGGCCAGAAAAUUCGUCACCGCUAGAACAGACCGACAACGAUGAUACACCUGAUGGAAAACCAAUCCCAAUAGAAUUCAAGAGCAGCCCGCAGCGAACAGAAAACAAGAGGAGCUCGUUAUUCGGCCUCUAUGGUAGAUUUGCAUCGAGCCCUGGGCGAGGAGAGAUUCGAAAACCGCAUAGCGACUCCAUCGCCAGAAGAAUACACAAGAAGCGGAGGAGAGCACAAAAGUUCGACAAGCAAUUGAUCGUUAGUAGAAGAGACGCCACAGACGACAGCGACGAUGAGCCUAUACCCAGCCCUACUGGGACACAGAAGCCGAGAGUUGAGGAGGUGGGAUGGAUUACUGGGCUGUUCACGUUCAUACAUACCUAUCCCGACGCGCCUUCGAUCAUUGCAAAAUAUUUGCAGGUGUUUUUCAAUGCGGCUAUUCUAGGUGGCUGUCUCUAUAUGUUCUGGUCAUUCUACGCCACCAUUCGAGCAGAUGUCGAUCGAGCUAGCGAAGAUGCCAUGGCAGAGGUGCUGGCAGAGAUGGCAGCAUGCUCAAAGAAUUACAUCGAGAACCGCUGUGGUGCCGAUACCCGCUUGCCAGCAUUGGAAACAGUCUGCAGUAAUUGGGAAUUAUGCAUGAACCGCGACCCAAAGGCAGUCAAAAGAGCCAGGCUGAGUGCACACACAUUUGCCGAGAUCUUCAACAGCUUCGUUGAACCUAUCAGCCUGAAAACGAUGAUCUUUACAAUUACACUUGUAAUUGUCGGGUUGGUCGUCAAUAACGCGACGUUUACCCUUUACCGUCGGCAACAAGAGAAUCAGCAUGCAGGCAUUUAUCGACCUCCUUCAGGAUCGUAUAUGCAUCCUGGACAGCAAGACGGCUCAAUGCCUUAUGCUUUGCCUCCAGGAACACCAUUUGGUCAACCUUAUGUAGGUUGGCAUGGCGACCAGGGAUUUGGCGGGCAACAACAGAUAGAGUAUCAGCGAAGCCCCAGCAAGGAACAUCGAGCACGGAGUAGGAGUCCGGAAAAGAAGGCUGUAUAUUGAUGACCCGUGAUGAUUUAAUGUUGUUGAAUUAUUUGCGUGCGAUGAUGGCAUUGGAUGAGUGACCCUUGGAGAGCUGAGACGUUAUCGUCCAG